AUGGAUGAAGUUGGCUGGGAGAGUGGAAGACUGGCUGAAAUCACCAGGAAAUUGAGUAAGUUCAUUGGUGGCCUAUUUGGGGAGUACACCGUGAUACCAGUUAGUGGAAUGGGAGGAGACAACCUGGUUAAAAGAAGAGAGGGAUCAGAGAGGACUCUACUGGAAGAGUUGACAGAAUAUGGUAGUGGUAGUGGUAAUAGUAAUAAGGGUAAUAACAGUAAUACUAAUAACAACAGUAACUAUGAUAACAGUAACUACGGUAACAAUGAUAAUACCAACCAACUUAAUGCCCUCGUUGUAGAGAGAAGCAGAACGAGCUGUGCUAUAAAAAUAGAGGCGGGUGUGCUUCGAACCAACGAGGAGUAUUCGCUGGUCUCACAGGGUGGGACGCAGGUUGUGGUGGUUUCAGAGGUGCGAGACGAGGAGGACGAGGAGGCGGAUGGGUCUCUGCUUCGCGGGGUCUAUCGGAUUCGUCUGAGCAGGGCAGUGGAGGCAGCAGUUGGGUCGCGAAUAGUCGACGGGGCACUGGCUGAGAGAGUCGUCAGCAGAAACAGAAUUGUGGCUGUGAUUGGGGUCUACGGUGACUGUAGCAAAUGUGUCACAGUUGGAUACAGUGGUGUGAUGCACAUGAAUGGAGUGAGUGUGGGGGUGAAGGUGACUGGGAUCUGGGACACGGGGAAGAAGAGACGAGUUGCACCAGUGGGAGAGAAGAGCAUUGUCAGAAUUGAGAUCAAGGACGGGAUAGUGGUGGAUAGGAGAAAGAGAGAGAGAUUCAGUCUACGAGACGAGGAUGCAACAGUAGGAAUAGGAGAGAUUAUUGGGUAG